CAUCUUUGGCCCUUCACCGGUACCUGUUUGCCAGUCUUCUUCGUGUAACCCGUUGUGCUGCACCUUGAUCGUUUCUUCCUCUUCGUUUCUUGCAGCCCAGAUUUAUCCCUUCCUUGUUAGCAGGCCCUCUUUUUCUCCUUGGAUUCUGUUUGCCCUUGCUCCACCCUCCAACCCGCAUCCGAAUAUCUCAGGUCGUCUCCCUCCCUCACCUGCGCCCGCCACCCCACCCGAAUUUGCGACUCGCCUUGCACAAACCCGGCGACGCAGCAUUCCACAACUUCCACCCCUCGUCCCGUCAUAUUUUCCAUCCCUUGCUCCAUGCGCGCAAGCCGUGGUCGAGGCGCAUGUCUGCUGGCAGAUAUUCCCUCGCCCGUGUCCUGCGGCUACCCGUCUACGGCGCCAUCAGGCUCAGGCCUUGAUUUCUCAUUUGCCCUGCGGCUGCCUGCUGGGAGAAUUGUACCAUUGCUUUGCUGGCCAACGAAGGGGUACAUGACUCUGCCAAACCUUGCUUCGUACCGAUCACAUCUCCUCCUUCUUUAAUUUCUCGGCCUCCUUCCUUUUCUCCUCCUUGUAUCUACAACGGGGUAUAUUAUAAUUUCCCGCGGGUUGGUGUACAUCCUCUCCCUGCACAUUCACAAAUAUUGUCGAUAAACUACUUCCUUUCCCUUUUCCUUGCUGGUCCAGGACGUCCAGUUCAUAUCCUCAAGAACCCCUCUCCAGACCAACAGGCCCUCUGCACAUUUCACCCCGCCACGCACACUUCGCCGACCGACCAGCUUGUCCCUUUGUUCAUACUUUGAACUGCAAAAUGACCAUGAUGGAGACCGGAGCCACACUAGACACGGCGAGAAACGGCCGAGUCGCAGCAUUUGAACGGAUUCCAUCCUCCAAACAGCCUCUUGGGCAGGGCGCCGAUUACGAACUGGGAAAGAGUGCUUGGAAUGCUUCAAGUCGAAUAUGGGGCACCAGCAAGUCCUUACUCGAGGCCCGCGUUGAUAGCGAGCCGAUAAGGCGUAUGUUGGGGCCUCGCGAGGCUGACAUGUCUACUGACCGUUCGCUAGCAUCCCCCAUCCGUCAAGGCUCUGUCUCAAGUUAUGGUCAAUCCAAGACCGCCUCAUCUUCGUUACUGACGUCCAUCGACCUCAACGAUGAAAAUGCCUCCCAGUCGAAGAUGCCCUGGGCCCAGACCUCGUCCACUAUCGGCUUUCCGUCAAGACAGAGAGGCCAACCUCUGUCGCCAACCAAGCAGAGACAGAACCAGAUGCUGGAUUUCGCCGUCAGCGGGAACAAUGGUGGUCCGCAGGAAUCGAGCUUGUUUGCGGGCAGUGCUCCCGACGUGGAAGAAACUUCGUUCGAUGGACCACAUCUCCGCCGCGCCAUCACAGCCGGCCCUCGUGUCCUCCCUUCUCCCAGCCGAGCCUCCACUUUUGGCCGUAACCAGGUCGAUGCUCAAGCUCAGGUCUUCAACUCAAAUGCCUUCCACUCGAAUGGCAUCUUUGCUUCGCUUCAGGAGUUUGAGGAUGGACAGGGUCAACCUCUGCACGGUCUUUCGGCUAUCAAUGGAACCACCGACGUUUUGCCUCUGCAUGACAGUCAUGGGGUGACGAGGGAAAUUAAUGGGAUGACGGCUGGGAACCUCUCGCGCUACAACCCUGUCUCGCCCACGUAUGCGAAACGGAACGGCCGGCUGUUGAAUGCGGAGCAUGUCGAACAAUACCAUCCAUCCUCAAAACAGAAGUACGACGAGACCGUGAGAGCUCUGGAAUUGUUGAAUUUUGAUCAGGGCACUGCUCAAAUUGCUCCUGUCCGGAAAAUCCCGUCACAAUACCAACGCGAUAUCCAUCACGGCCCGAUACAAGCCUCUUCUCAGUCGAGCGCCCCCUUCCAUCCGAUGGAGAGCAACUUUCAACCGCCAAUCGCACAUGUCCCAGAUGUUGGUUCACGGUUAGAUCCCCAAGCGGCUCCACAUUAUGGCGGCUUUCAGUAUGGUGGCCGUGGGAACCUCCCCUCACUUCAAAAUGAGUACCGGAGCAGUCUGAAUAGUCCAUACUACUCAACCACUGGCACGCCUCCAACAGGGCCUCACUCAAUCCGCAGCACUCCGGGAAGUGGUGCCUCGAGCCGUACCUCGCAUCACGACCCCUUCAUGUUCGACCGCAAGUUUACAAAUGUUGAGAUUUUUGGCUAUGAUCAAGCCAUGUAUGCACCCGCAUCCCUUCAGGCAGCAGUGGGCAACGGAUUUCAGUAUGAUACCCAAAUGCCAGUCCAGCCAAUGCGAAUGAAUCCACUGGCACAUCCCUACAUCGGGAAUGGACAUUCCGGGAUCACCAACUACCCUGCGGGCCCUCGAAUGCCAAUUCGCGAACCCGACCAAAGUCACAUUGUCAGAAGCCCUUUGCUUGAGGAGUUUCGUAUGAACAGCAAGACUAAUCGACGAUUUGAGCUCAAAGAUAUCUACAACUACGUGGUCGAAUUCAGUGGUGAUCAGCACGGGUCGCGCUUCAUUCAGCAGAAACUGGAGACGGCCAACAGCGACGAGAAAGAGCAGAUUUUCAAGGAAAUCCAGCCAAACUUGCUGCAACUCAUGACAGACGUAUUUGGGAACUACGUCAUUCAGAAAAUGUUCGAACAUGGCAAUCAGACGCAGAAGAAAAUCCUUGCCCAUCAAAUGAAAGGCCAUGUCCUGCACUUGUCGAUGCAAAUGUAUGGAUGUCGUGUGGUUCAGAAGGCUUUUGAACACGUCUUGACCGACCAGCAAGCCAGUUUGGUGAAAGAAUUGGAUGGACCCAAUUUGCAAAUACUGAAGGUUGUCAAAGAUCAGAACGGCAACCAUGUUGUGCAGAAGGCCAUCGAGCGUAUACCAGGUGAACAUAUUCAGUUUAUUGUCGACGCGCACAGAGGCCAAAUGGCCAAGAUGUCAACACACCAAUAUGGAUGUCGAGUGGUUCAACGAAUGCUGGAACAUUGUCAACCACAGGCUAAACGGGUGAUUCUAGACGAGCUUCUCGAACAUAUUCUCCCCCUCAUCAGCGACUCCUAUGGGAACUACGUCGUGCAGCACAUCAUCCAAAACGGUGAGCCUCAGGAUCGUCGCCAGGUUGUCAAUAUCGUCCUUCAACAGCUUCUGGCAUUCUCCAAGCACAAAUUUGCCAGCAAUAUUGUGGAAAAGAGUAUUGAUUGUGCAGAUGAGGAUCAACGUGCACAGAUUCUUCGUGGCUUGACAGCACCAAACGAGCAGGGCGUCAGUCCAAUUCUUGGAUUGAUGAGAGACCAAUAUGGCAACUAUGUCUUGCAAAAGGUGUUUGGCCAGCUGCAAGGCUCUGAUCUUCUCGCGUUAAGGGCGGAUAUGGAGCAGAACUAUCCUGUUCUUCGCCGUACCAGUUAUGGCAAGCAGGUCACGGCCAUUGAGAAGCUUCUGUUUGGCGGCAAUGGACCAUCUACUACUUCGACAGCCAGCAGCCGCAGCUCGACACUACCUAGCACGAAUGCAAGCAGCACCGUCGACGGCGAGACCCCUCCUUCGCAUCCCUCGGACAUCAAAUAGCGGCAUUCAGAGCUUUCAACAAGUCACUUUGCGGUCGGACACGCUGCACACGAGUCCUUCGAAGUUCUUCAUUUCAUCUUUAGCCUUCACUUUUCCUCGCGACCACGUGAGGAGUUUUGGAGAUGGUGUCUGACCGAUGCAUGAGACAUCCGACUGUGGCGCGUUCGAUAUAGAAUUGUCACGAUACCCAGACACGUCUGCUGCGGUUCUAUAUGGGUUUAUUCAAGUAGGGAGUUUUGGGAAUGGAUCGGUAUGACGGAGAACAUAUUUUCCGCCGGGUGUCAUACACCUGGCAACAUCUGGAACAGUUUUUAUGAAAUGACAUUUGACGACAAUGACUCUUGGAUACCCCUCAGACUUUAAGGAUAAGCAAAGGCAAAGAGGGGUGAGGCGGUAUGGGUAUAUAUUGUUUUGGUUGACCAAGGAAGAUGGGAUCUGUAUUGUUUUGGCAUGAAGCAUCAUGAGAGGAAUCUCUGAACCGCGUCUCAUAUGGAAACAAAGGAUGAUUUGAACACGGAUUGGAUUCUGGGACCCAGAUGCAGGGGCCCUCAUGGGCUCUGUGGCAAAGGAGGAGCGCGAAAGGAACUUGGGUAUUAUGAGAAUAUGGGAAAUUCUUGCAUUCAACUGCCAUGAUGGUCGUUUUAGUAGAGGUUUUGGCGUGAGUUCUUCGUGCCCGGUGCCGGAAUACCUCGUGCACUGCCAGAAGCUGUCAUUCAUUCGUUCAUGCUCGUCGUUAAUCUGCUCGGGACUCAGAUACCAACCUCAUGCCG